AUGGAGAAUAAAUUGAAGGUCGAGACUGUGAGACAUGUCAUCCGCAGUCAUGCGCACGAAGAAGAUAUCCCCGGGACUGUGAAUUUGAAAGCUGUUGAGGGCGACGAUACAGCAUAUGGACAAGCGUUAUUCCCCGUGCCUUCAGAUGAUCCGAAUGAUCCCCUUCUCUGGUCGAAUUUUAAGAAGUCAAUGAUCCUGAUUAUAUGCUGCGCGUACUCGUUUCUAGGCAACUCGGCCCUUCUAGGUCCUUCUGUUUAUAUUGGGUUAUAUGCGGAAGAGUUUGGAAUCACGCCUACUACUGCGAGUGGAUUGAUUAGUUAUGCGAAUUUGGCUUUUGGAUUCGGAAGUUUGUUUCUUGUUCCUCUGUACUUGAAAGUUGGGAGGAGACCUGUGAUGUUAGGGAGUAUGUUAUGUUUCAUUGCGGGACUGAUUGGCGCUUCUCGAGCAACAACAUACGAAGGGUUGAUGGUCGCUCGUGUGUUCCACGCGUUGGGUUCAGGAGUCUGCGAAGCUCUGCCAGUGCAGCUCGUCAAUGACAUUUUCUUCUUGCAUGAGAGAGGCAAGAGAAUUGCGUAUUAUACAGUCGCCCUCUGUCUCGGAGCCACAGGUCCAUUAUACGCAGGAUACAUGCUAGCAGGCGGAUACUCAUGGCGACUCUUUUUCUACGUCGAAAUUGCCUUUGCAGGUGCCCUCUUCGUCCUCGCAUUCCUCUUCGUCGAAGAGACACAUUAUAAACGAGUCCUUCCUUCUUCACCAACGCCCAGUUCCCCAUCCUCUCAAUCAGCGGAAGGCAAGGAAAUGAAUACCGCCAGCCAUGUCGAAAACCACAGUGUCGUACUCCCGGAACGAAAAACUUUCAUCCAGACUCUGAAGUUGUUCCAUGGUAUCGAUCGCGACGCUGAGUUUUUCAUGACUAUGAUCCGGCCCUUUACGUAUUUCACGGUCCCAGCCGUUUUCUGGGUCAUCAGCACCUACGGAAUCUACAUCGGUCUCGGCGCCCUCGCAUUCAACUACACCUUCCCGAUCAAAAUCCAACAACCGCCCUACAACUGGCGCGUCGAAAACACCGGCCUCAUCUCCGUCGCCAACGCCACCGGCUACAUCCUCGCCAUCCCCUUCACCUUCACAUCCGACCGUCUCGCCGCCUACCUGACCCGCCGCAACAACGGCAUCCGCGAAGCCGAAAUGCGUCUCCCCGUCCUCCUCCCCGCCAUGAUCAUCGCCCCCGCAGGCCUCAUUCUCUACGGUCUCACCGCCGAAUACAACCUCCAUUUCAUGGGCUACAUGGUCGGCGUCGCGAUGGUCAAUUGGGGCGCGUACUUCUACUUCUCGUUCACGCUCGCCUACGCGGUGGACAGCUAUAAUGCGAAUACGAGCGAGAUGCUGAUCGCGAUGAAUCUCGGUAAACAGGCUAUUAGUUUUGGGAUGGGCGUUAAGCUGCUGGAUUGGAUCCUGGAACGCGGGUAUGCGGUCGUCAUCUCGGGGAUUUUUGGGGCCGUGCUGGCGGUUAAUAAUCUGGCGUUGAUUGGGUUUUGGGUUUGGGGGAAGGAUAUUAGACGCUGGACGAGGGGGAGUUGGUUGGGGGGGUGGCAUGGGGGGGUUAGGGGGAGAAGUUGA